GAUGUCAGAAGUGACAUCUUGUUUACUACUAUUCAUGUGAUCACUGACUGGCCAAUCAGUGAUCACAUGAAUUGUAAAGAAUGAAUGGCUUCCUUUCAUGCCAUUCAUUGCUAACAAUUGUGCUGCUAUCUGUGAGUGAUCACAGUGAUCACAUGGUACAGACAGGGCCAACCACAGGUCAUCUGUACCAUGUGAUCAGCUGUGGCCAUUCACAGUUAAUCACAACUACUGAAUGAAUCAGUUUCAUUCAGUAAAAAUGACUGUUU